AGCCCCUGGCUCAGAUCCUGCGAUUGAAGAACAGCCUCGACCUGGCACAGCCUGCACACCUCGCUGGGGCUGUCCCCUGAGACCCGCGGCCCCCAAGUCCGCGCCGAGAACCCCGACUCGGGACUCCGGCCCGCAGUUCCCGCACCACCACAGUGAGCAACCGUGCGCGUGCGCGAUAACGGAGGCUUAAGCGCGUCACGGCACGCAGACCUCCGCAACGGAAACCCUGGAGACCAUCCGGGAGGCUGCGCGACCGUUGAGGAUCGCGCGGGCGUCGACCCCACCCCCGGCGUACUCCAGCCAAUCUGGCCAGUGGCUGGAAAUACAAGCGCUCUGGCGCGCGCUGCUGACGCUGGCCAAUGGGAACGGCGGGCGGCGGCGCGGUAUGCCGCGCGACAAUGGCGGGUCGACGCGGAGCGCUAAUUGUGCUGGAGGGCGUGGACCGCGCCGGGAAGAGCACCCAGGCCUGCAGGCUGGUGUCCGCGCUGUGCUCCGCGGGGCGCCGCGCCGAGUUGCUCCGGUUCCCAGAAAGAUCAACCGAAAUUGGAAAACUUCUGAGUUCCUACUUGGGAAAAAAAAGUGAGGUGGAGGACCACUCUGUGCAUCUGCUUUUUUCUGCAAACCGCUGGGAACAAGUGCCAUUAAUUAAGGAAAAGUUGAGCCAGGGUGUGACCCUCAUCGUGGACAGAUACGCAUUUUCUGGUGUUGCCUUCACAAGCGCCAAGGAGAAUUUUUCCUUGGAUUGGUGCAAGCAACCGGAUGUGGGCCUUCCCAAACCUGACCUGGUCCUGUUCCUGCAGCUGCAGCUGGCAGAUGCCGCUAUGCGGGGUGAGUUUGGCCAGGAGCGCUAUGAGGACAGGCCCUUCCAGGAGCGAGCCCUGCAGCGUUUCCACCAGCUCAUGGCGGACACAACACUGAACUGGAAGAUAGUUGAUGCCUCCAGAAGCAUUGAAGACAUCCAUGUGGAGAUCCUUGCGCUGUGUGAGGAUGUCAUCUGUACGGCCAUGCAGAGGCCACUGGGGGAGCUGUGGAAGUGACCUCAGGCUGCCCCCAAAGACACCUGCCCCUCAAGGAAGGCCUGAGUACCCAGCAAAAUUCAGAUUCCACAAUUGCAGGAGCUUUUGCCUAGUGGCACAAACCUCAGGUCAGACCUCUCUUGACCUAGGUUAGGUGUACCAGGGACCCCUGCAAUUGGGGAUGCUAGUGGUGUAGACACAUCCACAGUGGAACAGUUUUCCUCUGUCCUUGCCUUUAUCCUGAAGAUGUCACUAUAUUAUGUUUUCUACUUGAACUUUAAUGAUAACUCUGAGCAGUUUCAUUGAGAUCACUGGAAAUGGUAAUCAGAUAAAAUUCUCCUAAAUUUCUUAUAGGCACUAAUAAAAAUUGACCUGAAAAUGUG